AUGAAAUCAAAAGGCGUAGCGGCGGUCUCCUCCAGUCCGAUCAAACCAAUCGGCAAAACCGGUGCCUCUUCCAGCCUCAACAUCGGCGUUAGGGGCAAAGCCUCUGUCUCUUCCGGCGCUAAAGGCAAAGCUAUCGUCUCCGACAACGUAGGGGAGAUGAAGGUGCUUAUCGACCUCGAAAUGCUUCUCAUCGAUGAAGAGGAAACUGUAAUCCAGGGCUUCAUCCCCCAUGGAAGGAUUGAGACUUAUUUGCGUCACAUGAAAGUUGGUGCUACUUACCGACUCAACAAGUUUUACGGAUCAAAGAGCAAGACUAUUUACCGGUUCCGGAUCCAUGGAUACAAAGAAUUUGAAGCUGCAUGCGACUUGAGAGGUGAUCUUUAUGAUUAUGUUGGCCACAUCAAACCUGUGAAUGGGCAGGUUCCCAAUGAUAGUCUUCUGCUUGAUGAAGCAGAGAUAGCUGCAUCCCGCCGAGUUGAGCUUCAUGUUCAAACACAUGACGAUCCCGUGAUGAAGCUGUACCUCUGGGACAAGGCUGCCUUUGAGUUCUGUGAAAAGUUUAAGGCAUCUGGAGGCACUGCACGUGUUAUCUUAGUCACCACCUUAAACCCGAAACGGUUUGGAGGCGUCAUAUCUCUAUCUUCUAUGACGCCUUCACGGGUAUUUCUGGAUAGUGAUGUCCAAGAAACCCGGUUCUACCUCAGUUGGCUGAACUCGAACUUAGAUGUUGCCAACAGAGUUAACGCAGAGGUGGUCACCAAGCCUGAGACAGCGACCUUGGGAGAACUCCUCUCCUAUAUGAAGCAGGCAUCCGCUAAGGUUGCUUGGUUUGAGUACACAGCAACUAUUGAUGAUGUUGUGCACGGUUCUGGGUGGUAUUAUAUAGGUUGCGGUGUGUGCCAUACUAAGGCAACCAAAGGGCCUACAACGCUUAUGUGUAAGAAAUGUGGGAAGAGUGAAAUUGUUGGUGUGGCGCAGUACCUGUCGAAGCUCUCUGUUUAUGACUACAAUGAUCAAGCCGUAUUUGUUGUCCUUGGUGAUGCUGGUGAGGAGUUGAUUGGAAAGAAAGCUGCUGAGUUGGUUGAGAGCUAUUACCAGGCCAAUGAUAGUGUAGGAGAGGAUCACAUAGUUCCAGUGCCUCAAGCUAUGAUUGAUACCAUUGAACAGACACAGAAGUUCAUUGUGAAGGUAUCAAAUCACAAUCUGACUGCCAAGACCCAGACUUUAACUGUGACAAAGGUGCUCCCUCUUGAAGCCCCAGAACCCGAAGGCAACUUAGGAGAGAACGUUGAUGAGGAACCUGAUAAUGAAAGGGAGGAUCAUGCAGAUGAGUCGGUGAAAAAGGGUGCUGAUGGGAUUGAGUCAGAAGGUGCCAAGCAUGCCAAAAGUGGCUAA